AAUGAAUACAUUAUUUGGACAUACUCAUUCUAGGAAAUGGGUAUUGAAAUUGAGAACACAAAAAAGGGAAGGAGAAGAGACCUGUAAUUUUCCACCAAUAACUCACUUUCACUCCUCCCAGGGGUGGAGCAACACUCAUAUGUGCUAUACAUACUACUAGAGCAGACCUGAGGGAAAUGAACAGAACUGACUGAGUGGAGUGCAUGGGAUGGGGUGUUGGUCCACUCUGCAGACCAGUUAGUUAUUCAUUGCUGAGGCCAUCUUAUCUAGUAGCUCCUUUGAAAGUCAACACUGUCUAGUAAAACCCAAAGCCUGUUCUAUCUUUGAGGGGAAUUGCUCCUUCUGUGACGUUUCCCGUGUGUACCAAGAAUGGUCCACUACCCAAAGGACAUCCAGCCAACUUGACACAACUGUGGGAAGCAUUGGAGUCAACAUGGACCAGCAUCCCUGGGGAACGCUUUCAUCAACUUGUAGAGUAUGGACUCUGAUGAAUUGAGGCUGUUCUGAGGGCCAAAGGGGGUGCAACUCAAUAUUAGGAAGGUGUUUGUUCCUAAUGUCUUGUACACUCAGUGUAAUGUCUUGUACACUCAUUAAUCCUAACACACUGUGGGAUGUCAGGUCAACCGACUCCCAACACAUUGAUGCUGAAGAUGAUAAAGAGAGAGUUUACCCAAGUUACAGAAUGACACAUCGAUUUUGUUACCGUCUAAACAGCCCCUGGCACGGGUCCCACAUGCUAACUUUUAAGCAAAAGUUUAUCAAAAGCUAACUGUUGGGGCUCCCGAGUGGCGCAGCAGUCUAAGGCACUACAUCUCCGUGCUAGAGGCGUCACUACAGACACCCACUAAAGACACCCUAAUCCAGGCUGUAUCACAACCGGCUGUGAUUGGGAGUCCCAUAGGGCGGCGCACAAUUGGCCCAGCGUCGUCUGGGUUUGGCCGGGGUAGGCCGUCAUUGUAAAUAAGAAUGUGUUCUUAAUUGACUUGCCUAGUUAAAUAAAGGUUAAAUAAAAGUAUAAAAAAAAGAAAAUACAUGCAUUUGUGGUACAAAUCCCAUUCAAGUCAUGGGCCCGAUAUUAGCAUUUUUUCGCGCAUCAUGUCCAAAUCAUCCGAAAGUAUCAAAAAUGUAUUGAGAAGCUCAACAGUCUCCUACAGAUGUUUUGAGCAUGAUGAGCAUGGAUUGCUGUCAUACCUUGUCCAUAGACUGCUUCUAGGGUCAGGAAACCAAUAUGUCAAAAGAUAUAGAUCAUCCUAAAUAUGUUCAAAGGGCAUUGUGUCAUUGUACUUUUCCCCCCUUAGAAUAAAUAGGCAUAAUAGUUUUGUAAUGCCCAUAAUUGACUCCUGGAAGGGAGCCUUUUUUAAAUGGUGUAAUCAUACCUAGUUACAUUGUAUUGUCAUGUACAGUGCCUUCAGAAAGUAUUUACUACUGCUGUGGCGGUCAUGACAUUUUGUCAGCUGGUUGUUGUCAUGCAAAAGCCUGCCGGUCUCAUGGAAAUUGACCGUUAAUGAACUUAAACACGUUUAGCAUUUCCAGGGCUCCAUGCUUACAAGCCACUGAUGCACACAUUUGGAGCAUCUAUAUUUAAAAAAAGUAGAAUAAAUCAAUUUUAUAUACUGUACACCAUCACAAUAAAUCCAUGAUUUAUUUUAGGGAGGUUUAAAGAAACAUGAUAUGAAGAAAAGUUAUUUCAGAAGGACAGAAUAUGAGUUGUCCUACUGUAUGUUUUCUGGCUAUGCGCCAUGCCAUAAGCUGUAGGCUUGUAAAUGUAGGAGAUAAGAUAUGUGUAAGUCCCAUGCCUUUAUUUUUAUAUUAUAUGAUUUUAUAGUAAGAAGAAUAGAAUUGAACUUAACUGAAUAAAAUAGAAAGGAUGUUUUUCCCAUUCUGUAGCGAGUGCGCAUAUGAAGUGCAUGAAAGUUGCACUUUCAGAGUGUUAAAGUGAUCAUUUGAAACAGGUCCUAUAUGCUAGAUUUAGAGUUUUCUGUCAAUUUUAGUUGUGAAUGAUACAAACCUUAGAAUGACUUAGAAGUGAAAUCAUAUAUGGACUGCACGAUAGGCUAUUGAUUUGAAAAAUUAUUUGAAAAAAACUUCCUUGCCUCAGGCUGCACACGCUGUUUGCUCAUCAAGUGAUCAUAUUUUCACCUAUAAGACUAUUCUCAAUGUAAUCCAAAGCAUCUCUCACUCACAUGGCUCUCCGUUACCUGAUUGGGUCGUUCUCACAGGCUACAACUCAGACACAUCCAGGACGCAACUGUACGUGUCCGUAUCCAAUUCCAAGGUGCAUAUUGAAGAUAUUGGAAGAACUGUUGAAAUGUACUUUUCGUCAGCCAAUAAGAUGAGUAGGCCUAACAAACAGCAAAACCACUAGCCUAUGUCAAUCUACUAUCCCCCAUAGUACAAAGUCGACCUAUUCUGUGCGAGAAAUAAAUAUUCCAAACAUAGUCUGGGACUGUUGCGGGAUACAAUAGAUCACAAAUUAAUACAACCACACGCAACAGAACAGAACAUUUAGCUUAAAAUGUUGAUAAACUAUUAGGUUAUUUCUUCACAUUAUAAACGCAUCAAUGCGCACAUGGUAGUAGUCUAUAAGCGCAAAUGUUCCAUUAGCGGAAAACACCAUUAUCAAAAGAGACCGCAAAUGCAAUUAUGCAUGUCAUGCUUUUAUUAUAAAGGUUCAUUUUUAUUGUCAACAUUAUCUCCCCCAAACUUGAAACUCACACACUCUUUAUGUAUGACAGUUAGGCUCUACACCCAUUGUAAUUAAUGUGCUUUAGUUGUGACACAAACCGUAUCAAACAUAUAUGCCUAUGGGACUACAUGGACUGCAGGAAAAGGAGGACCGAGCACGCCCCCAUUCUCAUCGACUGGGCUGUAGUGGAGCAGGUUGAGAGCUUCAAGUUCCUUGGCUUCCACAUCACCAACAAACUAACAUGGUCCAAGCACACCAAGACAGUCAUGAAGAGGGCACAAAAAAACCUAUUCCCCCCUCAGUAGACUGAAAAGAUUUGGCAUCGAUCCUCAGAUCCUCAAAAGGUCCAAGAGGCUUCUAAACAGCUUCUACCCCCAAGCCAUAAGACUCCUGAACAGCUAAUCAAAUGGCUGCCCCCCUUCUACGCUGCUGCUACUCUCUGUUAAUAUCUAUGCAUAGUCACUUGAAUAACUCUACCUACAUGUACAUAUAACCUCAAUUAACUUGACACCGGUGCCCCCCGCACACUGACUCUGUACCGGUACCCCCAGUAUAUAGCCCCACUAUUGUUAUUUACUGUUUCUCUUUAAUCAUUAGUUAUUCUUAUCUCCUACUUUUUAUAUAUAUUUUUUAAAACUUUUUUGUAUAUUUAAUUUUUGGGGGUAUUUUCUUAACUGCAUUGUCGGUUAAGGGCUCGUAAGUAAACAUUUCACUGUAAGGUCUACAUGUAACGAUGUACACUGAGUCAGUGAACAGCGCACCGACAUGACACAAACAGAAACAACAAUGACUGGGGAACAAACUAAAGUGACAUAAAGCGCAGGUAAUGAAGGAGGUGAUGGAGUCCAGGUGAGUGUCAUUAUGAGCAUAACGCUGGUGACAGGUGUGCUCCAUAACGAGCAGCCUGGUGACGGAGAGGGAGCACAUGUGACAAUACCCCCUCCCAGAUGACCGGUUGCCUCGGUCGAGGCAUGGGAACCUGUUCACCCGCUGAUGCAUGGGAGCUUGUCGAACCCGCUAAUGCAUGGGAGCCUGUCGAACCCGCUGAGGCAUGGGAGCUUGUCGAACCCGCUGAGGCAUGGGAGCUUGUCGAACUCGCUGAGGCAUGGGAGCUUGUCGAACCCGCUGAGGCAUGGGAGCUUGUCGAACCCACUGAGGCAUGGGAGCUUGUCGAACCCGCUGAGGCAUGGGAGCUUGUCGAACUCGCUGAGGCAUGGGAGCUUGUCGAACCCGCUGAGGCAUGGGAGCUUGUCGAACCCACUGAGGCAUGGGAGCUUGUCGAACUCGCUGAGGCAUGGGAGCUUGUCGAACCCGCUGAGGCAUGGGAGCUUGUCGAACUCGCUGAGGCAUGGGAGCUUGUCGAACUCGCUGAGGCAUGGGAGCUUGUCGAACCCGCUGAGGCAUGGGAGCUUGUCGAACCCGCUGAGGCAUGGGAGCUUGUCGAACCCGCUGAGGCAUGGGAGCUUGUCGAACCCGCUGAGGCAUGGGAGCUUGUCGAACUCGCUCAGGCAUGGGAGCUUGUCGAACCCGCUGAGGCAUGGGAGCUUGUCGAACCCGCUGAGGCAUGGGAGCUUGUCGAACUCGCUGAGGCAUGGGAGCCUGUCGAUCCCGCUGAGGCAUGGGAGCCUGUCGAUCCCGCUGAGGUAUUGAAACCCGUCGGGCCCGUUGAGGCAGGGGAACCCAACAAACCGUCUGAGGCCUCCCAGGUAGCUCCGGUUCGGACACCCGGACCCGACAUCACAUCCAACACCAAAACAAAACAAAACAAAAAAACACUCUCUGAUGCUUCCAUUUGGUGAGUCGUCAUUCUGCAACGAUGUACGCUGAUAGUCGGGAAGCAAGUUCAGGGAGUGAAUACGUUUAAUAAAUAAAUGAACAGUGCACCAACAUGACACAGAAACAGAAACAACGAUGACUGGGGAAGAAACCAAAGGGAGUGACAUAUAAAGGGCAGGUAAUCAAGGAUGUGAUGGAGUCCAGGUGUGCGCCAUAACGAGCAGCCUGGUGACCUAGAGGCCAGAGAGGGACACACGUGACACUACACCUGUUGUAUUUGGUGCAUGUGACAAAUACAAUUUGAUUUGACAUGGGGUGUGUGACUGAUUCGAAAAAGUUGCUAAAAACAGCUUUGUUUCUUAUGCUGGGCAUAAUUCACAAGUGAUCAUUUAUAAUUCACAAGUGAUAGGCUGAUAUUGUCACCCAUCAGACUAUUCUUCAUUUAGUCUUGUCUUUACAUAUACUAAAUAAUAUAUGUGUGACAUUUGUUUUGAAUUAGAAUGGACCAUUAUCAUGCACCUGUAUCGAAACAGGGGCAGUGGAAAAAAUACAUAUCAUCUAUGCACUUAAAUAGCAAGUGGAGGAUGCUUUUCCCCAUGGUUCAUUUUCAUACCAGCCAGGCAGGCUAUACUCGUGUUGUAAAUAUAAGCAAUGUGCAUAUUAUUAGGAAUGUUGAGUAAUACAUAUCAUAGGCCUAGCCUAUAGAAAGGUGAUGGGAUCCUCGUCUUUUUAUUAGCGGUUUUCUCCAACGAUUGCAUAGCCUAUAGAAAUGUUGCGCAACAUGAGCUCAUGGGCUCUCAGGAAGUGUUUGAUUAGAUUUUCAAAAUACAUUUGCAUUGAUGUCAGAGUGAUUAGAGGGACAAUAGAGUGUUGAGUACCAGGCAGUUAGCAAGUUUGGUAAUUUAAAUAGCAGCAGCAUCAGAGCUUGGAGAAGUCUAAUUACUGUGACUAAACGGUCAUGUGGAAUUUGACUGCCUUCAUGACUCGUGACCGCCGGUGUGGCGGUAAUACGGUCACCGCAACAGCAUGCUUAAACUCUAAUAUGCAUAUGGGUGUUUUGACUUCAUCAUCACCUUAGAAAGCAUUGUCCAUUUCAUUGUGUUAGGCUUUGAAACAACAACCACAAUGAACAUGUUUCCCACUCAGUUUCAACCUGUUUUAGAACUUUUUUCUUCAAAUUGACCAAUCACAGUGAGGUGAGUUUUAAAAGUAUGAUAGGCCUACUGUUUUGAUGAUAAGUGUUUGAUGUGAUUUUCUAUUGUAUUUGCCUUGAUGUCAGAGUGGUUAGAGGGACAAUAGAGCCCUGAGUACCAGGCCAUUAGCACCUGAUGGUUGUUAGCAAGUUGGGUACUACCAACUCAUGUCCGGUGUAUUAAGAGGAGAUUACUGUGACUCGGUCAAGUGAAAUUUUACUGCGGUCAUGACUCAUGACUGCCAGUGUGGCGGUAACAUGUUGGCAACACUGCAACAGUCCUAAUAUCCACACACCAUUUUUUCUCCAUUUUUAGUUUUGUUACAGCCUGAAUUUAAAAUGUAUUAACAAUUUAGUUUGUCAAUUAAAAAAAGAAUUAAUACAAAAUUGAAAGUGGAAAUGUUUUGAGUCAAUAAGUAUUCAACCACUUUGUUACGGUAAGCCUCAAUAGGUUCAGGAGAAAAAUGUGCUUCACAAAUUGCAUAAUAAGUUAUAAAUUAGGCCGUGGAUGGUGUAUCAAUAAAGUCACUAAAAAGAUACAGGCAUCCUUCCUGACUCAGUUGCCAGAGAGGAGGAAACUGCUCAUGUAUUUCACCUUGAGGCCAGUGGUGAUUUUAAAACAAUUACAGAAUUUAAUGGUUGUGAUAUGAGAACUGAAGAUGGAUCAACAACAUUGUAGUUCUUCCACAAUACUAACCUUAAUGACAGAAUAAAAAGAAGGAAGCCUGUACAGAAUAAAACAUAUUACAAAACAUGCAUCCUGUUUGCAACAAGGCACUUAAGUAUACAAAGCGUUAUGUUUGGGGCAAAUCCAACACAUCACUGAGUGCCACUUUUCAUAUUUUCAAGCAUGGUGGUUGCUGCAUCAUGUUAUGGGUAUGCUUGUCAUUGGCAAGGACUAGCGAGUUGUUUAGGAUAAAAAUCAAUGGAAUACAGCUAUAAGCACAGGCAAAAUCCUGCUUUCCAACAGACACAAAUUCACCUUUGAGCAGGACAAUAACCUAAAUCAAAAGGCCAAAUCUACACUGGAGUUGCUUGCCAAGACAAUAUUGAAUGUUCAUGAGUGGCCAAGUUACAAUUUUGACUUGAAAAUCUAUUGGCAGACUUCAAAAUGGCUGUGUAACAAUGAUAAACAAUCAACUUGACAGAGCUUGAAGAAUUUAAAAAAGAUUAUAAUUUUUUAAAUAAAUAAUGUAAAAAAUAUUUUAAAUAGGAUUUUAUGAUGAAUAAUAUUGUACAAUCCAGGUGUUGGAAGCUCUUAGAGACUUACCCCAAAAGACUCAGCUGUAAUCGCCACCAAAGGUGCUUCUACAAGGUAUUGACUUAUCAAUUAUGUAAUAUGUUUUCACCAUGUCAUUAUGGGGUAUUGUGUGUAGAGAAAAUAUAUUUAAUAGAUUUUGAAUUCAGGUUGUAACACAACGAAAUGUGGAAUAAAUCAAAGUGUAUGAAUACUUUCUGAAGGCACUUGUAUGUAUGAUAUUAAUUAUUGUUAUGUAAUUCAAUUUAAAUAUGGUGAAUUUUAGCUUUAGUGAAUGUUAAUGAAUUUUCCUAUGGAAUUAAUUAGCUUAUAGGAUAAACAGCAUCUUCCCCUGAUACAGAGAGUAAUGGAUUUCUAUGUGCUCCAAAUGUAAAGUAUUUGACUUGAACAAUUUUACCAUUGUCACAUAAUUGAAUAAAAUAGAACAAUGCAGACAUCAAAUUUCAAUUCAAUUUAUACUGGGAAGGAAUUAAACUCUGUUGGCUUCCCAUGUUCUUGGGUUCAUUUCGAUUACUGCUCUCUGCACUUGUUGUGCAAUGUGCAGUCAAUGACAAGUCUGAGCUUUUUCUCUAACAGUCGACUAAUCUGUUUAUACACUAGCACAUUGUUUCAGCGAUUAGUUUUCAGGAAAAUUUCAAUCUAGUUUCUCUCCAAUCUGUGGCAUAUAUCAGCAUCCUCACCACUGGUGCCUUUGGUCAGCUAAAGACAAGUGUCUUCAACCAUUAGAAAGGGAGGGAGUUUUUUCCCAGUGAUGAAAUUUAUGUUUGAAAUUGGGAAAGGAACUAAAAGUGUUGCCUCCACCCCCCUCCUUGUCACAUGUCCCUUUCACAGGAAAGAAAAGUUCCUGGAUCAGUGGAGAAUUAAUACAAAGGAGAGACGCCACUUCAGCUACGGUCGGAGACAAGGGAAUCGAGAGAGCAACGGGGCGACGUCGCACGCCAGCCGCUCUUACUGAAACAUACCGGUGUCCAGAAGAAGACGAGCAGCAGCACGGACAUAGACUACAUCCUCACAGAAGAGAAAGAGGUCCCUCUGCUUGAAAGCGCUCCUGACUGAAGCAUGGCGGAAAAGCAGUUUCCGGGGAUUCUGGAAAGGUGUGAAUGAAGAACUCAGGAGUGGAAACGAGAGAACCACUGGGCACUAUCAAACCAUGUCAGAGUCCAACAGCAAUGCAGCCUGUACAGCUGACCAGAAUGGAGCUGUUCCAGGGGAACCCGUGAAGACGGAUAAGAACUCCAGGAGAGGGAACUGGGGGAACCAGAUAGAGUUUAUCCUCACCAGCGUGGGCUAUGCUGUGGGCCUGGGAAACGUAUGGAGGUUCCCCUACCUCUGCUACAGAAAUGGAGGAGGAGCCUUCAUGUUCCCCUACUUCAUAAUGCUGGUGUUCUGUGGGAUCCCUCUGUUCUUCCUGGAGCUCUCCUUCGGACAGUUCGCCAGCCAGGGAUGCCUGGGGGUCUGGAGGAUCAGUCCCAUGUUCAAAGGUGUGGGCUACGGGAUGAUGGUGGUGUCCACCUACAUCGGUAUCUACUACAACGUGGUGAUCUGCAUCGCCUUCUACUAUUUCUUCUCCUCCAUGACCAACCUGCUGCCAUGGACCUACUGCAACAACCCCUGGAACACGCCCACCUGCAACGGCGUGGUGACGCCCACGGGCAUCAACAACACCCUGGCCAAUGUCACCCGCAGCCUGGUCACCGGGGCCGCUGAGGUCGCCGUGGAGGUGGUCAAUAAGACCAAGAGGACCAGCCCCAGUGAGGAGUACUGGAAACACUAUGUGCUGAAGAUCUCAGACGACAUCGGGAAUUUCGGGGAAGUCCGUCUCCCUAUUCUGGGAUGUCUGGCUGUGUCCUGGGUGGUGGUCUUCCUCUGUCUCAUCAGAGGAGUCAAGUCUUCAGGAAAGGUGGUGUACUUCACAGCGACGUUCCCCUAUGUGGUGCUGACCAUCCUGUUCAUCAGAGGCAUCACCCUGGAGGGAGCUGUCACCGGCAUCAAGUACUACCUAACCCCACAGUGGCAUAAGAUCCUUGACGCUAAGGUGUGGGGAGACGCUGCCUCUCAGAUCUUCUACUCUCUGGGCUGUGCAUGGGGAGGGCUCAUCACUAUGGCCUCCUACAACAAGUUCCACAACAACUGCUACAGGGACAGCAUCAUCAUCAGCAUCACCAACUGUGCAACCAGCGUGUAUGCAGGCUUCGUCAUCUUCUCCAUCCUGGGCUUCAUGGCCCACCACCUGAACGUGGAUGUAUCUGAGGUGGCCGACCACGGCCCCGGCCUGGCCUUCGUGGCCUACCCAGAGGCCCUCACUCUGCUGCCCAUCUCCCCCCUCUGGUCCCUGCUCUUCUUCUUCAUGCUCAUCCUGCUGGGCCUGGGGACGCAGUUCUGCCUGCUGGAGACCCUGGUAACGGCCAUCGUGGAUGAGAUCGGUACUGACUGGAUCAUUAGGAACAAAACGGUGGUCACAGGAGGAGUGGCUAUAGUGGGCUUCCUGUUGGGGGUGCCGCUCACCACACAGGCUGGGAUCUACUGGCUACUGCUCAUGGAUAACUACGCUGCUAGUUUCUCUCUGGUUAUCAUCUCCUGCAUCAUGUGCAUCUGCAUCAUGUACGUCUAUGGACACAAGAAAUACUUCAAGGACGUUGAGAUGAUGCUGGGUUUCCCCCCUCCCAUCUUCUUCCGCGUCUGCUGGAGAUUUGUGUCGCCCAUCAUCAUAUCUUUCAUCCUGAUCUUCACAGUGAUCCAGUACAAGCCCAUCACCUACAAUGACUACGUGUACCCCGGCUGGUCCCUAGCCAUCGGCUUCCUUAUGGCCAUGUCCUCCGUCACAUGUAUACCCAUCUAUGCUCUCUACAAGAUCUCCAAGUCUGAGGGAACAACAUUUUUGGAGCGGUUGAAGAAUUCAUGCAAGGCGGACAUAAAGUGGGGCCCGGCCCUGAGUGAGCACCGGAUAGGCCACUACGCCGCCCCAGUCUCAGAGGCAGAAGUGGAGGUACGUCCCCUGAAAGAGGAGCUGAAGGAGAAGGAGGAUGAGAAGAGGGAUGAGAUCAGCCUCACCAUCCAGGGCAGCAACGGCUCCACAGCACACAACACUACCCCCAGCGCAUAGAGGCCCCCCCUGGGCCAGCUCCAGCCCCCUCCCAACCACCCCUCACCCUUUCCCACCGCACUGUGGGGAAAACCCGCUCGCUGGAGACCUUUACAUAUUGUAAGGGCUUAUUAUUUCUAACCUCUAGAGAAAUUGGUCAUCAUCCAAAAGAAUUGUAUUUCUUGUUUCAACAUCAUUUCACAAUGCAGUUUCUUGUAAACACGUUAUUUGUUUUCUUCUUCAUAUUAUGCAGGAGUUGAAGUAGAAAUACACACUGUAAAGAAAUCCACUCGGAAUUGGCAACUUUUCUAGCGACAGUGCUGGCGGUUUUAAAGCUGGAGACCAAAUGUUCUUUCGGUCAGUGUAGACACAUGGCACCACUCUAGGGACUGAUCCUUCCCUUCUGUUGUUUUCUCUAUGGUAUAGCUUUAGGCUCUCAGUACCCUCUAAUACAUGAUAGUCUCCACUACUCAGACUAUUACGUAUGCUGCUUCAGGGUUACCCAGAACAACUCAUAUUGGAGUAAGCCAGUGGCUAUUUAGCUACUCCUAAAUAUUUGAUUUGAACAACACAGUAAAGCCAUUCUACUUCCAAUGUUGUAAACAACUAACAUACAUUACAGCACCAACUCCCCAAACACACACAGUGUUGGUCUCCAGCUUUCUGAACACCUACCCUGACUGACGCCCAUGAUUUCCCCAUGCCCAUUCUCAGGGUCCCAAAAUGAUUUACUACUUACUGACCAAGUUCAAUACCUGAGUCCAUUUUAUUUGAUUAUGGUAGGCUUUACAGAAAAGAGGGAGCUAAGAAAAAGACAACCAUAACAUGUUCACACACAAAAACAAAUGGGUGGAUGGAUGCAACUGAGUACAAUAAAGUGCCAUCUCUCUUUUAGUCUUCCAGGUAUUUCCGUGGGAAAUGCAUCUCAAGAUGUGGCAUCUCACUUGUGAAGGGAACGUUUCAUUGACGACAGAAGCAGCUACAGAUGUAGGCUCUUAAUUUGACCCGUUUUUUAACACCAGGAAAAUAAUCAUGCCACAACAGAGUGAUCAAAUGAAGGUCCUACAUCUGUAGCAUAACAAGGAGGGAGGACACAGUGGUGUUGCGUCAUAGCCUCUGUUACUCACAAGUAGGAUUUGCUCCAACAAGGCAUGUUACCAAAAACAUGUUAAACAUGCAUGAACUUUAAUAUCUCGGUGGCAUAGCUGGAGUAUGUGUCUUUGUUAACUUUUUCAAAACUGAGAGACUUGCAUCAGCAGGUGUCUUUGCAGAGGAAAAUAUGUGUAUUUACAGGCGUUUUAAAGCUCUGAGCCAAGUAGUGAUGUGAUUGGAUGUGGAAACAGGAAGGAGAGAAGCCAUUGGUUGGCCUGGAGAUGGAGUUUGUCUCCACAAGAUUUAAAAAAAAAAUAAUCAGUUACUGAAUUAUGUAGUUUAUAUGUAGUUGUAUCGUUCUGUCAAUAGAAUUAUCUUACUUUAUCUUUCAUUAUUGUAAAGUAACAUAGUAAAUAAUUAUAAGGAAGACAUGUUUAUUUUGUAAAGAAGCUACAGUAUCUUAAGAAAUAACAGUAAUGUUUACCAUUCCUCAUCCAUGACUUGAUUUUUAUUGGUAAUUGAUUUAUUUUAGGGGGUUGGAGUGGUAGGGAGAUGUAUUUCAGUCACUUUGUGGCAGGAUGCUGUGGGGUUGUGCUCGCACAGAUAGCUGGAAUUGACAAUUGUCAAGAAGUCCCAUUUCUCUAUCCAAUUCAAUGCAUUCGUCUCUGCUCUGUUACGUUGCAUCUGUGUUGUAUUGAGGCACUGUCUGGUGACAUUGUGAAUCCACUGGGUCCUUGCCUGGUCUGCACUGAUGGAGAGAGGUAGUCUGGAAAUGCAGCUGCUUAAGUGCUAGAGCAUCGCAUCUUAGUGAAACUUCAGAUGUUUUAUUUCUUCUUUAACCAGUACGUCACUGAAUAUAAUAUUCAACAUCUUUGUCAGACUGCAUAAAUCCAGUUUCUGCUGUCGAAUAUAUGACUGAGUUGUUCUCCUUCUAUUUUACUUCAGUUUCUCGGUGUUAAAAGUGUCAUGACAGUUAGCUAUCCAGACACUCAGGGGAGUAGGUAGUUACUUAGUGGUGAAAGUAUUUGGUUCCAAUUGGCCUCUUAUUGCCUAUGUAGGGCACUAGGGCUCUGGUCAAAAGUAGUGCACUAUAAAGGGAAUAGGGUGCCAUUUGGGACGUACCCAAAUUCGUUGGUUAUUUGAACUAACACAAAAAGCACACCAGUAGGUUAGAUGCAGCCCAACAGACUCAAGCUUUACUUCAGAUGACAACAGACUAGUGUGUUCUCCUUUGAUGCUGACAGAAGCACAGUACGGCCACACGAAUCAACCUGUUCUAAAGCAGAGUAGGAGUGGUCCUGGAAUAGCACAGGAUAUUAAUAAUGAUGAUGGUUUUAACUGAGGUGUUCUAUACACUGUGGAUACAUAUCAUUUUGGUAAUAAGGAGUUGACAGCAGGUGUAAAUGGUUGAACUAAAGUGGGUUUAGUAUAUAAUGGCCCUGAUGACAGGAUUUGAUAACAGAAUGAAAUGGUGUAUGAUUAUUCUAGACAUGCCGGCUCAGGUCAGGUUGCCUCUGGAUACUUCCAGGGACUUUUAUUUCUUCUUUCUCCUGUUACUGUUAAACUGUUGACUUGUAGUCCUAUUAUUUAUUAGCUACAGUAGCUAGUAAGUUAAGGAUAACCACCAUGCUAUUGCAACCGUUUGGUCUCUGCUGUCCACCGAACUCUUCCUCUAUCAGAUACUUGUACAGUCAUGUAAAAACUGGUGUUUGUGUGUUUAUUUGUUUUUAUUUGGGGGUAGGCAGGAUUUUUUCUUGUAGUAAAAGUAGCCGGUGUUAAGUGUAAUAUGUAUUUGUGUGUAGUCGAUACCUUACUACUGAGUACUGUUCUUAGAUCAGGAUAGUGUCAGUAUUGAUGUCAUGUAAUUCUAAUCAAUCAGUAACUAUCAAUUUUGUCAUGUAACAAAACACAAUCUACCUUUUAAGAGAUCUUUUGUUUUUUUUAACUAAAAAAUAUAUAUAUUUUAUUGUCACAAUUGAAUCAUCCAUGUUCAGUGACACUACCUUUAUCGUGUUCUAAAAGCCAGCUGAUAUCAAAAGUAUUGCCAAACAAAAGCUUGGGUUGAAACUUGAAAUGUGCAUUUUACAGUAUGUUCUGUUGGAGGUACAUGACGGUUGGGGAAAGUAUAUAAUAACAGUAUUAAUCCAUUUUACAUUACAAUGUAGCGACUGUACUGUAAAUUCCGUUGUGUAAAGAGACUGGCCUUUUCAAUUUGAUGAAGUAUUUUACAUGUGCAUAUAAGGCAAAAAAAGAUGACAGAAAUCAAACGCCAAAAUCGGUAACAUUGUAACUGCAAUAAAUAUGACAUUAGAUCAAAAGAUCAAUGUAUUGGGGAAGUGUUUUAGAAUAUAAACUAAUUGGACAAUAAGGAAUGGGUUCAACCAAAUGUCUCAUAUCCAGAGUAAGAAUCUUAUCUUAUUCUUCCCUUUUUGCACUGGGAUUAUUAUUUGAUGAACUUGGCAUCUGGUGAGAUCUUUCCUUCAAAAUUAAUAUAAGCAGGUAGUGAAAAAUGUACACUCAAGGACACAUUAGAUGAAUAUUCAUAUUUUUGGGACAUUUGUUUUUCAUCUCAUUUAGAAAUCUUUGUCGUAAGUCAUCUAUAUAUGGGAUGUAAGAAAUGAAUACGUUACCAGUUCUGAAAACUGAUACUCGGCCUCUACUGUACUAAAACUGUGAUUUAUCUACUCUGGUUUUCUACGAUCACCGAGGAGAUCUCUUGAAUUUCUAACUCAUAAACAUGUUUUUACACGUUUUUUUUUUCAGCACUUUAAAUCAAGUCAUUUGUGUUUAUAACAUAUUUAACAAUACAAACUUCCAUUUUGAAAUAAGGCCUUUACAGUGGUCUGCACAAGCUGCUGUGUCAACAUGUCAGCAGAGAAGACACAAUGUUAUGCCAAUGUCAAUUAUAUCAUAGUGGAGAAUAAAGCACAAAUGAAAUGAACACAGUACUGGUACUUUCUCAUAUAUAUCUAACCAUGUCUCUUGAACCUUAGGGCCAAAAUCCAUUGAAUUGUCUUAGUCAUGUCAGCUGUAUAUCGUAAACUGUGCCAUUACAAAUGGUAAAUAAAAUCUAUUUUAAAGAUCA